AUGUCUACCUCAACUACCACAUCGAGCAAUUUAGACCCGGCAGCGGUCGCUGACUUUCAUGGGACACUCAAACAAUCGAAGCGCAUCGUCGCCAUCGUCGGUGCAGGUCUCUCGGCAGCCUCGGGUCUGGCGACGUUUAGACAAGCCAGUGGACCAUGGACGAACCAGGACAUGACACAAGUCGCAUCGCCCGCCGGGUUUCGACACGAUCCGGGCAUGGUCUGGCAGUUCUACACCUAUCGUCGACAGGAAGCACUUCGUGCGAAACCCAACCCAGCUCACUACGCCUUGGCUGAGCUUGCCCGCCGAGUCCCAGGCUUCAUCACUCUCACCCAAAAUGUCGACAACCUGAGUCAGCUUGCCGGGCAUCCGGCUGAUCAGAUGAAAGAACUGCAUGGGAAUCUUUUCACGCUGUCUUGCUUCGACAAGGAGGGAUGCGGGUAUGUCGAGCGUGACAACUUUGAGACAUCUCUUACCCCAGCCCUUGACCCCUCCAAGGACGAGCAUGCGGCUAUGGGAAGCAUCGACCCCAAUAAGAGGCCAAAGGCCAGCCCGGUUCUUCUUGCCGGCAUCGCUCGGAAGCAUGCACAGAUCCUUGGGGACAAAUACAAAGAGGAAACACCAACCAUCCAGGACUUGACUGCCCUCAAGCCUCCGGAACAGCUCACCGUCAACGUCCGUUUGACGUCCGGGCUGGCCAAAUCAGACCUACCGCAAUGCCCCAAGUGUAAGACGAACCUCCUCAGGCCAGGCGUCGUAUGGUUUGGCGAGCCUCUGGCCGUCGAAACAGUGGAAGAAACUAAAGCAAUCUUUGACGAGCCUGCGCCUAUCGAUCUCUGUCUUGUUAUAGGUACUUCCAGUUCCGUUUGGCCCGCUGCUGGGUAUGCCGAGAUGGCCAAGAAGAAAGGCGCGAGAGUCGCAGUCAUCAACAUCCACGCAGACGAUGCAAAGGGUAUUCGACCGAACCAGGAUUGGGUAUUUGUUGGCGACGCCGCUGUCGUUUUACCGGAGUUACUGAAGCCUAUUGUUGGCGAAAAUGAGACGUAG